GGCUGGGCGCUGCCCUCGGCCUCUGUGGACCGGCCUUUCCUGGCCUUUUUCUGCCUAAACCCUUUCACUGGAGUCUCGGGCCUCCCCGCGCCUGGUAAACCCUCCGCGACGGGCUUCGUGGUCCCCCCGCGACGGGCUUCGUGGUCCCCGAGGCGCAGCGCCGGCCGCGCUGCUCCAGGAGGUGCGGCGGCGAGUCCCGUCCGGGGAUUCGGGGGAGCCCGGCCCUCCCUCCGCCUUCCACGGACCGCCCUCGCCCCGCACCCCCGCCUCCCCACCCCUCCCCUGGGCCCAUCUCCUCCUGCCUCCCCGGACACCCGACCCCAGCCCGGCCCGACACCGCCUCCCUGCGGCCCCGGGCCGGGCCCUCUGCCCCCCAGGCCGCCCCUGCGAGGCGCCUCCUCCCCGGACCGCGGUGCUGGAGAGGGACACCGGGCUCGAGCCCCGGAUUCCGCCGGCGGUGAACGUGCUCUCCCGGGAGGCCGCGCCCGGUGCCGCCGCGCCCCUGGGCUCGCGGGCGACGGCGCUGGGGAGAAGCCGGGCCGGAGCAGCGGGGACAGAAGCGGGACGAGUGCGGAGGCCGGGAGGCUGCGGGAGAGCAGGCGCAGGGAGAGGACGGGCGAGCCCGGGAAGGAGCAGGCGGCGGAGCCGGGGCGGCCUAGAGGCCAGCGGGGCAUCCGGGUGGAGCACGGAUGGCUCCUGUUUCGUGUGCGUCGUAAUGACCUGGCUGGGACUUCCGGUACUUCAGCACUUUGCACGGGACGGUUGACCUUCAGGGAUGUGGCCAUCAGAUUCUCCCAGGAGGAGUGGGAAUGCCUGGACCCUGCUCAGCGGGCCUUAUACUGGGACGUGAUGCAGGAGAACUACAGGAACCUGGUGUCCCUGGAUAUUUCUUCUACACAUGUGAUCAGGAAUUUACAACCAAAGGAGGAUGGUAAUUCAGGAAUAGUCCAGACAGUGAUGUUGGGGAGACAUGUAAACCAUGAAGUCAAAGAUUUGCACUUUAGGGAAAUCCAGGAAAAUCCUCAUGACAUUGAGUGUCACUGGAAAGAUGAAGAAAGAAAUCACAAAAGAAUGUCUAUAAUCUGUAAAAACCAUCUCCCUGAUAGAAGAGGUCAACCUAAUAGGAAGGAUGAAAGAACCAAGCCUAUUGACAAUCAGCUUGCACUCAGCUGUCACAAUGAACUGUCUGUAUUUCAAACUGAAGGGAAAAUUGGUGAGUGUAAUGAAGUGCAGAAGUCUCUCAGCAGUAUUCCCUCAUUUUCCCCACUACAAAGAAUCCCUCCUAGUGUCCACAGCAACAAUAAUGAAAAAUAUGGCAGUGAUGUUGUGCAUCCUUCAAAAGAGACACAGGAGCAGACAGCCCACGAGGGAGCAACUUACCAAUGUCUCGACUGCGGCAGGACCUUUACUGAAGACUCACACCUGACUGGACAGCAGGUGAUCCAUCCUGGAGAGAAACCAUGUAAGUGUGGGUGUGGCAGCGUCUUCAGUCAGAAUGCAGACCUUGCAAGUAAUCAGAGAAUUCAUACUGGUGAGAAACAUUACAGAUGUAAUGAGUGGAACAAAGCCUUUAGUGUGCCUUCAAACCUAAUGGACCAUCAGGUGAGCCAUACUGGAGAGAAACCUUACAGAUGUAAUGGAUGCAAGGAAGCUUUUUCCCAAAGUUCCAAACUUGUAAAACAUCAGAGAACUCAUAGUGAAGAGAAACCAUUCAGAAGUAAUGAACAUAGUAAAGGUUUUUUCCAAAGCUCAAGCCUGUCAAGCCCGGUUGACCAUCAGAGAAAUCAUACUGGAGAAGAAACAAACAAAUGUAAUGAGUAUGGCAAAGCUUUUAUUGUGCAUUCAGGUCUAACAAACCAACAGUUAAUUCCUACUGGAAAUAAUCCAUAUCAACGGAAUGAAUGUGGUAAUAGUUUUAUCACACAUUCACACCUUAGGAUUCCUGAGAAAAUUGAUGUAAAGAAACCUUUCAAAUGUAGUGUGUGUGGUAAAGCCUUUGCUCGUGCUUCAUACCUCACUGCACAUCAGAAAAUCCAUACUGGAGAGAAACCAUAUAAAUGUGACACAUGUGGGAAAGCCUUCCGUAAAAAUUCAUACCUUGCAAACCAUCGGAGAAUUCAUAGUGGGGAGAAACCAUACAAAUGUAAGGAGUGUGGCAGAGCCUUUUGUUGGAGUUCAACCCUAACUAAGCAUCAGGAAAUCCAUACUGGAGUAAGGCGUUACAGAUGUAUGAAGUGUGGCAGAGACUUCCGUCAAAGCUCACAACUUAAAAGUCACAGUAGAAUCCAUACUGGAGAGAAACCUUUCAAAUGUAAUGAGUGUGGCAAAGCCUUUACUCAAGGCUCACACCUUACCAAUCAUCAGACAACCCAUACUGGAAAAAGACCUUACAAAUGUAAUGAGUGUGGCAGAACGUUUAGUUUGAGAUCAACCCUAAUUAAGCAUCAGGUCGUCCAUAGUGGAGAGAGACCUUACAAAUGUAAUGUGUGUGGCCGAGCCUUUAGUAGAAAAUCAAGCCUAAUCAACCAUCAUGUAAUCCAUACUGGAGAGAGAGCUUAUAAGUGUAAUGAGUGUGGCCGGACCUUCACUCUGAGAUCAGCCCUAACUGUGCAUCAGGUAAUCCAUACUAGACAGAGACUUUACAAAUGUACCCAGUGUGGCAGAACCUUCACUCUGAGAUCAACCCUAAGCAAGCAUCAGGUCACCCAUACUGGAGAGAGACCAUACAAAUGUAAUGAGUGUGGUAUAGCCUUUCGUUUGAGAUCAACCCUAACUAUGCAUCAGGUAAUACACACUGGAGAGAGACCUUACAAAUGCCCUGAGUGUUGCAAAGCCUUUUCUCAAGCUUCACAUGUCACUACACAUAAGGUAAUCCAUACUGGAGCAAAAUCUUUCAAAUGUAAUGAGUGUGGCAAACUGUUCCGUCAGAAAUCUCACCUUUCAUGUCACCGGAGGAUUCAUACUGGAGAAAAACCUUACAAAUGCCCUAAGUGUGGCAGAGCCUUUACUCAAGCCUCACACCUCACUGCUCAUCAGAUAACCCAUAGUAGAGAGAACCUUACAAAUGCCACUGAAUAUGACAAGUCGUUUAGUAUUGCCUUAAAGUCAGGCUUCACCAAAUAGUUAAUAUGGGGACGUUUCAUCUUAUUGUUCACUCUUCACUAGAAAGAAUAUCCAGCUGCUCACCUCUAGAGGAGGAUGCCUCCACUCCCUGUAUCAGUGUUUAAUUUGCUUUAUUAAACUACCCUUUGCUUCUA